GUUCGUUGUUCGCGACGCGACGCUUACCGACGCUCGGCGUCGUUUAUUAAAAUUCCGAUUAAUGAGCGAUCCGUUCGUAACGCGAUUACGUUCGCAGUGUGUUAAAACGUGUAUAGACGACGCACGAGAGGGCUCGAGGUAAGAACGACGUGAGAGACGCGUGAGUGCGUGUCUUCGUGGGUGCCUGCACGAACGAUAGGCAGGAAAACAUGGAGAACAGGCCGGCGCCGCUCCGUUCGAGGAGAGUCUGUCGGUUUUGCUUGACAGAAUCCGAACCACUGAACUUCAUUUAUGAAAGGGAUCAUAGUAAGCCGUUUCAAGUACCGCUUACCCUGCAGAUCAUGUCGUGCGUCGCCAUCGAGGUGUAUGCAGCUGAUGGAAUGCCUCAAAUGAUAUGCACUAUGUGUCGUUGGAAUUUGGAUCGCUCUUAUAAAUUUAAACUACAGUGCAAGAAAGCAGACGAAGCCCUGAGAGCUUAUCCGCUGUCUGGUGUUUUACCAAGACCGUUUCCACCGAUUCCUAAUGAUCCUCCAGAGACAAAUAAUAAACGUCCUUUGGAACAGAGAUCUCAAAAUGAAGGCGUAAAGAAACCUCGUGUAGACAAUGGUGAUAGAGAAAGACGAGAAACACGAGAACGAGACAGGGACAGGGACAGGGAUAGGGACCGAGAAAGAGAAAGAGAAAGAGAAAGAGAAAGAGAGAGAGAAAGGGAAAGGGAAAGAGAUAGAGAUAGGGAUAGGGAUAGGGAACGAGAAAGGGAUAAGGAUCGUGACAGAGACAGAGAAAGAGAUAGACAAACUGAAAAACAGGAUGAAACGCAUGAUUUUUACGAAGAAGAGCAUGACGGUGGUAGCGAAGGAGAUCAAGAUACAAAGCGUAUUAAAGAAGAACGGAAAUUAGAACCAGGUGAGAUUAGAGUACAUGCAUGUGAUCAGUGUGAUCGUACAUUUCCUUUGCGUCAAGCUCUUGCUCUUCAUGUUCAAAGAGCUCAUCGAGAUCGUAAUUACAAGUGUACAGAAUGUGACCGUAUGUUCUUUUCUAAAUAUGAUCUUGCAAAACACAUGACUACGCAUUCGGAAGAGAAACCAUUUUCUUGCCCAAUUUGCAACAAACAAUUUUCAAGAGCAAAUUUAUUGCAACGUCAUGAAAAGGUUCAUAGGGACGAACUAAGAUAUGGUUGUCAACAUUGUGAUCGUGAAUUCUUUACAACCGAAGAAUUAGAAAAGCAUGAAGAUUCUGUGCACAAGAAAGAGAAACCUUUCCAGUGCAACAUCUGUAACAAACGUUUUACAUACAAACAAGGUUUAGAGCGUCAUGAAGUCCUACACAACGAAGAUAAAACUUUUGUUUGCGAGUACUGCAAGGAGGCAUUCCGUACGAGUACGAAGUUGGCCAGUCACUUAACGACUCAUGCUGGACAUAGACCAUAUCUAUGCAAACUAUGCCCUCGUUCGUUCCUGCUGUCUCACCAUCUAACUAGACACAUGCGCACGCAUUCCGUAGAAAAACGUCAUGUUUGUGAAGAUUGCGGUAAAGCAUUCAAACGUAAAGAGAGCUUGGAAGUACAUCAAUUAACGCACACAAAACGCACAGGUAUGGGAUUAACUUGCGAUGUCUGCCAGGAGUCUUGUCGUAAUAGGGCAGAUUAUGUAACUCAUAUAAAACAACAUAUUGAAGCAGGUGAAAAAAUGGGACCAGAUGGAUUGCAGCCAGACAAUAAAACUAAACUUGAAUUAGACUCUGAUGAGGAUGAAGAAGAGGAACAAUAUUCGGAUGGAGAUGACGAUUAUGAACCACCAGCAUACAUUGUGAAGAAACUUCCAAAACCAAAUAAACCAACCGAAAGCGACGAUGAAACGGAAAGGACUGAGAAGGAUGAAAAUCAAAAGGAGCAAGUGGUAUUUGUAAGACAUAAAGAUGGUAAUAUGAUCAAAAAGACAAUUAAAACAUUGAUGCCUAUACAACGUCGGGAAGUGCAAGAUACGAAAACGAAACAAAGUCCAAAUAGUAGUCAGCCUCAAGCGAGUACAAAAACUGUACAUUCUACUGUACAAUCGAAGCCGCCUGAAGAAUCUGCAAAGUCUUCCCGUGUGGAUGAAACAGAAGCACAAGUUCAAAAAAUUGUUGCGUCUGUGUUUAAAGAACAUAAGAUUCCUUUGAAACAUCAAAAUGUUACUCAAGAACAGAGUAAAGAAUCGCCUACAUCUACAAAGAAUAAUUCACAGAAUCAAACGCCCAUAAAAGAUGAUAAACCUGAGGCAUCUACACCGACCACCGGUACUCCAAAAGCUGUUAGUACUGUCAAAGUAAUAAAAAGAAUUGUUAUGAGGAAGCCUAGUGGAAGCACCGAAACUCCAACAGGUACAUCUGUAACAAAGGAAGGAGAUGCAACAGGUACCACUCCUCAGGUGGCUAGUACAGGUCACAAAGUUACAAAACGGGUGAUUGUUCGUAGAAUCAUUCGACAAGGUGAUACUACAAGAGAGGUUAUUAUGAAUCCUGAUGGUACAAUAAUAGAUCCAGCGGAACUGGCAAAAUUACCAACUGGUAAUGUAGUAAAGAGAGUUGUUGUAAAGAAGCCUCUUGAUAAGCAUUCGAGCCUGAUUCAAGCUGUGUUGCAAUCAUCGGCAACGCAACGACCAGCAGCAAGCAUAAAGAAUAAUGAUUCAGUAUUAAAUGAAUCUCCAAAGUUCGAAUUAAAAACAUCUCAACCUGUAACUCCAUUGCCGUCGACAACAAAAAUUACAGCAACUGUUGAGAAACCCGCCCCUACGGCAGGAGAUCAGGAAACUAAGGAAAAAUUAGAACAACUAGAAAAGAGAGUGGAACAACAACGCCUGAAAAUUGAAGAAUUAGAAGCACGCAAACAGCAGGAAUAUGAGCCUAUGGAAGAAUUGUCACCAGAACGUCACGAUGAGUCCGAGGAUGAACAGCAGUUACCUCUAAAGAGAGUAUUUGUGAAGAAAAAGCAAAGCAUGUACGAUGAAGAACAGGAGUAUAAUGACAAUGAUAUAACAACAAUAACUCCUGUAACCACGUCUACAGUUACAACUGCAUCAUUGACAACUGUUGCAACAACAUCUACCGCAACAACAUCUGCUGCAAUAAUACCUGUGGCAUCAACACCUUCGCCAACAACGCCUACGGCAACAACGCCUUCGACAACAACACCUUCGUCAACAACAUCUUCGGCAACAAUACCAACAGUGACAAUCCCUGCGACAAUAAUAAGGGAAAGUAAUCAAUUUGAAUCAGAUAAAGAUAUAAUUGAAACUGAGAUGAAACUAGAUGAAAAUACGCAGAAAGAACCUGUAAUACUGCCAAAGGUAACAUCUACACCUGUUGUUAGAAGAGAAGGUAAACCAUUGAUAACCAGCUCGAAAGUUUAUGGAAAUAAGAAAAUUAUUGUUGUGAAAACGGACGAGGCAUCAGAAGUGGAAGAGAUGAGCCGAGAAUUAUGUAGUAUAUUAGACUCUGCUGAUUCUGUGGUGAAAAUGCAAGAAACGGUUCUAAGUAAUCUCACUCAAAUAUCUUCUUUCGGAGAAUCUUCUCAGAAAAAUUAUAUUGACAAACCAAAAGCUGGUCCUUCUAACGCGGAUGAUAAUAAUGACGACGUCAUCCAUGAUUCAGUAAAACCAGAACUUAAUGUAUCUGGGCCCCAAAAAGAUACGUCUAUGAAACUAGAUGAUGCUACACCAAUGGACGUAGAGAAUUUGGAUGGAGGCGACAUUAAAACAGAACCCAAAUCUGAGGAUGAUCCAGGCGUUCGACAACCCGAACAAAACUCGAAUUUGUCUUUAGAUGAACAAGAUCUUUCCGAAGCUACAGAUAUUUUUGAGCCCUCAGAUAAUGUCUUAGAAGUUCAAAAGAGUCAGUUAGGGGACUCUGUGAUUGAACUUGACCAUGAAAAUCAUACAAUAAAUUUAAACGAUACUAAUGACAGUCAAGAUAGUCUUGAAGAUAAACUUCAACAAAUGGAAGGUUAAAUUUCCUUACAGAAGAAACUGUAAAAUGAGAAGGUGGACGAGAUUUAAAAACCAGCAGCUCGAAUUUAAUCAAUGUUACACUUUUGAUUACAAUUUUAUAAAUUGAAAGUCCGACUUUGAUGCAUUUUGGACAGAUAUAGAGAAAUAUAUUCAUUGUUUUAUUAUUAAAUUCAUUAAGAAAUCGUGAAUUUAAAGUAACUUGAAUCUUAUUAUAUUGCAUCUAAACUUCCCUAUGUAUCUUUGAUUUUUUUCCGUGUGAUAAUUAUUGAAUCAUUUCUGUAAUGUUAAUUACGAAAGGUAUCAGUGAAGUAUGAAAACAAAGCGUGCUAUCCAUUAAUGAACAUAACAGCAUGAAAGAAAAUUUUUAUUUAAAUUAUAAUAACGAAUUCAUGUAUACCUUGUGUAUGUAUCAAGAAAUUUGAUAUCUGCGUUAUUAUCUCAAUUGUGCCAAUUGCGUCGAUCCAAUUGGAGGAAUUUUUGAAUUUAAAUAUCUCUGAUUUAUUAUCUGGUAUAUGUGCAUGUAAUUACCGAACGUAAGACAUUUGUAUAUACAUUGGAAGUUAUAUUUUGUUUCGAAUAUACUUUGUUCGUAAUAACAAUUCUAUUGACAAAACAUUUUGAUCGUAUUACAUUUUUCCUCAUUGUUAUUCACAACUGACUCCAUUAUUGGGAACACAAGGUACUUUAAAGAAUUAAACUUACUAUAAUACUUAAUGAUAAUUGUGCGAGACUAGAAUGGAAACGGUACAUAGAUUAUUCAAUAUUCUAUAAACAUUUGAAGCUGUGUAUCAAAUACAAACUAUGGUGUGUAAAUGUAAAAUCACGUGUUGCUUAUUUUCCAGGAAAACCUUCCGCCCAUGCAAUAUAGA